GAUUCUCGCGAGAGUGCGAGCGGAAUAUGGCAGAUGGCUCUUCCUCAAAGGGUGUGUGAGUGUGUGUCGUUUGUUUACCGUUCGAUGCGUCGCUCCGGUGUGUGUUUCAUUCCCGUCCGUCUCCGUUGAGUCACCGGACAGUGUUCAUGUUGUGCGGGCUGCUGCUGUCCACCGUUCAUCUGUGUAAAUAUGACCGGAGAGAAGAUCCGCUCGGUGCGCAAAGAGCGCAAGACGGGUUUGGAUCUGCUGGAACCGGAUGAGGAGCCGGCCGCCACCGGGCCGAUCAAAGCCCACCGGAGCAGCAAGAUCCUCAGCGGCGGAAACCACAAGAUCCUCCGCUCCAGCUCGCAGCAGAACCAGAGCAGCGGCGACACUGACGGCGCGUACCCCGUGCAUGAGUGCGUGUUCCGCGGGGACGUGCGGAGGCUGUCCUCGCUCAUCCGGACACAGAACAUCGCGCAGAAAGACGUGCACGGAAACACCCCCCUUCAUCUGGCCGUUAUGAUGGGUCAUAAAGAGUGUGCUCAUCUGCUGCUGGCCCAUAAUGCACCAGUGAAGGUGAAGAACGCUCAGGGAUGGAGUCCACUCGCCGAGGCCAUCAGCUACGGAGACCGACAGAUGAUCACGGCUCUGCUGAGGAAGCUAAAACAGCAGUCACGAGAGAGUGUGGAGGACAAGAGACCACGUCUGCUCACAGCACUAAAAGAGCUGGGGGACUUCUAUCUGGAGCUGCACUGGGAUUUCCAGAGCUGGGUGCCUUUACUCUCACGGAUCUUACCCUCCGACACCUGCAAGAUCUACAAACAGGGCAUCAACAUCCGUCUGGACACGACACUGAUCGACUUCAGUGAUAUGAAGUGUCAGCGAGGAGACCUGAGCUUCAUCUUCUGUGGAGACGCUGCUCCCUCCGAGUCCUUCGUGGUUCUGGACAACGAGCAGAAGGUUUAUCAGCGGAUCCAUCACGAGGAGUCAGAGAUGGAGACGGAGGAGGAGGUGGACAUCCUGAUGAGCAGCGACAUCUACUCCGCCACACUCUCCACCAAAUCCAUCACCUUCUCUCGCGCUCAGACCGGCUGGCUCUUCCGAGAGGACAAGACCGAGCGAGUGGGGAAUUUCCUGGCGGAUUUCUACAUGGUGAACGGCCUGGUUCUGGAGUCCAGGAAGAGACGCGAGCACCUGAGCGAGGAGGACAUCCUGAGGAACAAGGCCAUCAUGGAGAGCUUCAGCAAAGGAGGGAGUAUCAUCGAGCAGAGCUUCGAGCCGGUGAGGCGUCAGUCGCUGACCGCUCCGUCUCCGAACACCAUCUCCUGGGAGGAGUACAUCACCGCUGAGACGGGGAAGGCUCCUCAUCUGGGCCGAGAGCUCGUGUGCAAAGAGAACAAGAAGAACUUCAAAGCAACCGUAGCCAUGAGUCAGGACUUCCCUCUGGGCAUCGAGUCGCUGUUAAACGUUUUGGAGGUCAUCGCACCCUUCAAGCACUUCAAUAAACUCAGAGAAUUUGUUCAGAUGAAACUUCCGCCUGGGUUUCCUGUCAAACUAGACAUCCCUGUUUUCCCCACCAUCACUGCCACCGUGACCUUUCAGGAGUUCCGUUACGACGAAUUCGACAACUCCAUUUUUACGAUUCCCAACGACUACAAGGAGGAUCCCAGCCGCUUCCCAGACCUCUGAGCGUCCCGCGUCACCCUUCAUCCAUCUCCAUCUCCCUCCAGACGUCGCAGGUGGAGAGGACACACUAGAUGUCAUGUGGACACUAAGGGAUCGUGCAUCACUACAUGAUGAAGCUCUGGACCGAGCUCCUCACCAGAAACACGGAGCGCGUCGCUUCACAUCCCCUCUGUGUAACUGGCAGGGAAUACGGCAUUAUAAAUUAUUACACAAGCCACGUUUUCAUAUAUAUAUCUUUGUUACAAACUUGUAUACUUCACUUAAAGGAAGCGUGUAAACUUGGCGUCUGUAUAUGACUUAAAACCCGUCACAGAAAGCAAUGCAUAUGUACAUUUCUGUGUAAAUACCACUUCCUCCUCCAGUUCUUUUGCUUGCUGCAUUAUGGGAAACGGGCUUGUUCGGAUCAUUUGCUUUCUCUCAUCCUAACGUUUAUGGAUGUGAAUGUAGCAGAAAUGUUGCGAUGGACGGGACGCUCUUUAUUUUGACCUUGAUAGAUGGAUGUAUAUAAUUCAAAUUUAAAUAUGUUUUCCAAUGUAGUAUAAUGGACGAGUAUGUUUAUUGAGAUGGUGUAAAACGUUCCAGAGACGUGUUUUAUAUGUGGAGCUUGUCAUGUUUGCACCAGCAAUAUCCCAUUGGACAGUUUCCUCUUUUAGUGUCUCGUUUCGUUUUUCCUUCUCCGAAUGGAAACCAGCUGCAACGCUUCCCUGACGCACUACUGGCUAGUGUGGAAACUUGCUGUAUUCCUUUUUUAUUCUUCCUGUGUUUGAUGCUGCCUUUAGAGUUGCUUUCUGCCUUCAGUACUCUUCAGAUUUUCUCCCAUGAUGCAUUGAGCUCCCGGAUGUACAGCAGGAACCUUGUAUGAACCUGCUGCACUUUUACAUGACGAAUUGUAAUUAAUAAAAUGUCCACAUAUCAGUUUC